AUGAGAAUGGAUCGUCGCCGGGAGCCACGUAGCUUUGAUAAGCCAUGUGAGAUUUGUGGAGGAUCAGCUACGGGGUACCAUUACGACGUUCCUUCAUGCAAUGGGUGUAAGACGUUCUUCAGAAGAGCUAUACUGUCAGGAAAGAAUCCGGCUUGCAUUCAAGGUGAUGGAUUAUGUAUGACUCGGACAAUAAUUGAUAAUCGAAUAAAGUGUAGGAAGUGUCGUCUGAACCGUUGUUUAUCGAAAGGAAUGCGUCUUGACAACAUUUCCAUGAAGAAUACGGUAAUACCCGAAUGCUGCGAACCAUCGACAAGUGGUGAAAGCUCUCCGACGUAUAAAAUACAAUCAAACUCACCCCCGAUACGUAGUGUUACGAGCGAAAUAUCUCAGAGAGCGAAGACACCGGAACAGUUAUCAUCAUUUUUAGAAAACUUAUCGUCUAUAGAAUUGCGUGUAGAUAUAAUGAGGACUAAGACACCUCGAGAAGAUGAUCUCGCUAUUGAAGAACGAAGGCUAUUACAGCUCUUGUCUCAAGGAGCCGUUUUUGGGGAUUUAUCUCGAUUUGAGGUUUUCGAGCCUCGUUCUGAUGAUGAAAAACCUAUUGAGCGGAUAAACAACAGUUUGCCACAAUGGCUGACCACAGACUUACUAUGUGGAUUACAAUACGGUCGUAUGUUUGAAGAAUUCCGGAUGUUAUCGGACAUACAACAGACUGAAGUUUUGAAAUCUUCGAUAUUUCCACUUACGGUAGCUCAACAAUCAUAUCAAUGCUUCACAGACGAUUUCACUUACAUUCGAAUGCCCAUAGAGGAAAUGGACUUAUCAACAGUUUACUCAUUCUUGAGGAAUAUGAGGAGAGAGCAUAAUGAAGUUUUCGCAAAGUUCAUUCGACCAUUUCUGCGAGAACAUGUGGAUCGAACAGAGUUUCUACUUCUUAAAGCCAUUAUGCUACUUAAUGCUGUGAUCUCUACCAUUUCUUCUUCACCUUCGGCGGAGAAAGUGCAAGCCUCUCGUGGUUCUUACAUGAAGUUCCUUCUGGAUUAUCUCAUUCGGAAAUGCGGAGAAAGUGCUGCUCCUGCUAGAUACUGGGCGUUGAUGAAUUUGUUCCAAACGUUCAUUGCGACAGCAAGCAAAGAAAACGCCUCUGAAGUCUAA